AUGCCUGAGGAGCUUCUGAACAUGCCGCCAGGUACGUUGAGCCGCAUCAGUCUGAUGUCACCGAGUCCAGCCGUACUCAUGACGUAGCAUGCUCCAGCUUAUUGCAUGGUGGGCGCCUAUCGUCUGGCUCACGACCCACUUUUGUGGAAGCCGAUGUGGAGCCGUACAUCUCAAGCUGCCAAGCGAGCUGGAGCAGUGGCCGCAGGAUGGGUGAGCUCCGCGAUGGAAACGUCCACUCCCAGAAAUGUCACAUUUGCUCACUCUGCUAGUGUCGGCAACCCUGAUCUGCGCAGGCCGUCGUAACGUGGCCAGUACAGAGGCUCUUUGUCUCCUGGUUCAUGAAAGGUUCUGCGAGUGUCACUGGUAUGGCUUCGUGAGUUUCUUUCAGCUUCUGAAGCCAAUUGAUGCCACAAAGCUCAUCCAAUCAAUAUCACGAACGCGUACUAGCAUGUACGAGUCAACCAUCAGCACAGCAGAUCGGCUGGAUGGCUCCAAUGACUCCAGCUUGCUUGGGUUUGGAAUGCCUUCUUUGACCACCUUUGCUGCGAUGAUGUUCGUGCUUGGACAGUGCAACACCAUCAUGGAGUUCUGGCUGAGAAGAAAGCUACGUGAAUGUCGCAAUGAAGCGUACGCCGCAACCGUGAGCAUUGCGUCUGGCGCAGCCUUUUUAGCUGGACGACGAGCUGAUAUCCUUCCCAUGCAUUCGCCUCUCAGGUCCGAUCGAGAGGCAAGGGCGAUGAUUGGUGGACCCCUUAUUUCGAAGAGUGGGCUGAGCCUCCACUUGCCAAAGCCGAAAAGAACGCAAAGAAACAAGCGAUAUAUAUGCGGCUCGCCUCUCCUCUGAUCCGCAUCUUCGUGCUCAAAGGUUCGUAUAUGCCCGCUGCUGUCGCUUUGGCGUCGACUAACACAUUCGCCUCCCUGCUCGCAGUCGUGCUGCUGCCUCUGGAUUUCAUCCCCUGUGAGACUCUUGCCAACAGGCCGUACGCGUCUUACCUAGGAGCUGAUGUCUUGCUUCAACUGAUCCUCCCCUUUUCAGUCAUGGGACUCAUAGCAUCCUCCGUGAUCAGGUCCCUGUCGAUGGGAAGGCAGUUGCAUUCGCCUCUUUUUGCCCACAAGCGCAUGACUCCUCUGCAAGUUGAACUCUGGGUGAGCUGACUUCGUUCCCCACUAAAGAUUGCGGCGCCGUACUGAUAAGGCUGUAUUGCCCGCUUUUUCAGGUCACGGAGCGACAGUUCGAGUACCGUCUCUUUGGUCUCACCGCGGCCCUGCUGGAGAGCGUGCCUGUCGUCGGACUGGCCUUCAGCAUCUCCAACAGGGUUGGGGCAGCAAUGUAUGCUUUCGAUCUCGAAAAGGUGCGCAGAGUAGUCCGACACAGCUCAGGCUCGCAUUUUGCUGAGGCGCCCACUGAUCAACUCCUCGCAGCGCCAACAAAGCUUCCGUUCGGGCAAACGCAAGCCUCUGCCAAAGGAAGAGACGUACAGUCUUGCCGAUCCGCGUAGGCCAGUGAGUUGUUGCCUUCAUGCUGACUCGGCCGGACGCAGAUUUUGCCUGACGCCUCCCGUGGUCUUGCGCGCAGAGCAGCCCUACCAGCUCUCAGCGAAACAAGCUGCCCGUAGCUCCUCAAGGCGACGACGGUGAGCAACGUGACUGUCCUCCCGCGCAGCUACAAUGCUUACACCGAUCAUGUGGUUUGUUUGCAAAUGCAGGAUUUGCAAUGCCUGGCGCAGCAUUCAACAAGGCUUCUAGCUCGGUCCAAUUCGGCGGGCCACCAGCAUACACCGAGUCGGACGCUCGCAAAUACAUCGGAGACACUGCAGCUGGCCCUCAAGGCAAUCUUGGUUUAGCGGCAGCGCACGCACCAGCAGCAGAAACUGGUGUCGGUCUCAACAAGCGCCGAGUGCCGCCUCCACCUAGCAGAUGA